UACAAACUUCUUCCUCCGUAAGUUUUAAUUUGGUUAGACACUUCUAGUAUUUAUCCUUGGUCCAUGGAGGGUUCGCCAAAAGGUUUGAGAAAAGGUGCAUGGACUGCUGAAGAAGAUAGCCUCUUAAGGCAAUGCAUUGAUAAGUAUGGAGAAGGCAAAUGGCACCAAGUUCCUCUACGAGCAGGGCUAAAUCGGUGCAGGAAGAGCUGUAGACUAAGAUGGUUGAACUAUUUGAAGCCGAGUAUCAAGAGAGGAAAACUUAGCUCUGAUGAAGUUGAUCUUCUUCUUCGCCUUCAUAAGCUUCUAGGAAACAGGUGGUCUCUAAUUGCUGGUAGAUUACCCGGUCGGACCGCUAAUGAUGUCAAGAACUACUGGAACACCCAUUUGAGUAAGAAACAUGAACCAGGCUGUAAUACCAAGAUCAGAAAGAGAAACAUUCCUUGCUCUUCAACCACACCCGGCCAAAAAAAUGAAGUUUUCAAACCUCGACCUCGAUCCUUCACGGUUAACAACGGCUGCAGCCAUUUCAAUGGCCAGCCAAAAGUUGACGUUAUUCCUCUAAACGUUGGAGUAAACAACACUAAUAAUGUUUGUGAAAAUAGUAUCACAUGUAAAAAAGAUGCGGAGAAAUAUGAGCUCGUUAAUAACUUAAUGGAUGGAGAGAACAUGUGGUGGAAGAGUUUGCUAGAGGAGAGCCAAGAACCAGAUGCGCUUGUUCCAGAAGCUACAGAAACAGAAAAGCUAGCAACCUCGGUGUUUGACGUUGAACAACUUUGGAGUCUGUUGGAUGGAGAGACUGUUGAACUUGAUUAGUUUGUUUGUGUUUUGUGUGUGCACUUACGUUUGAGCAUUUAGUGUGCAAUUGUUUCUCAAUUAUCCAGUUAGCUUAUGUUUGUGAUAGUGUUUAUAUUUUGCAAAAGAAAACGAUAAUGUGGUUUGUUAAAAAUUUGGAUUUUUAAUAUGGUACAAUUUUAAAUCAAA